AUGUUUAUUUCUACUCUAAUUGGCCUCGCCGCCGGCCUGGCCAGCCAUGCUGUCAACGCAGCCUGUAAUGCGCCCCUUACAAUCGAUGACUUCUCCAAGUACGCUUCGAACCAGAAUAGUUUGAACUCAUGGACCAGUGAUGAUGCCAGUAUGAGCAGCAUCUCAGCCAGUAACGGCGUCCUUUCGUUCAAACCCAAAUCUGGUGACUCUUACUUUUACGAGACAUUUGAUUGCCAGGCCGCAAGCAACAAUGGCUACAACUCCAUCACCUUCCAAAUCAAAGGACCUGCUGGCGGCUCUGCUACUCUCGAGAUGCAGACCAAGACCAGCUGCUCGGCUUCUUCGUACACGUCCAAGUACGUCUCUCUGACUGGAUUGACUGGCAACACCCAGACCAUGACCAUCCCGUUCUCUCAAUUUGGCGGAGCCAAUGCCAACGCCAUCACUGGCUUUGUCUGGGCCGGCUUCUCUUCCACCACCACCACAUGGCAAAUGAGCAAGGUUGCGUUUGGGUGCGGCAGCUCCGGUGCCAUUACUUCAGUGUCUACCAAACCGGCGGCCACAAACACACAAACCACCAUGCAGACUAGCGCAGUCCCCACAGCAGCUCCUGGAACCUGCGCGCCCUUGUUGAUUGAUGAUUGGAUCUCUCAGUCCCGAUUACAGUUCUUGUAUUACAACGCCAUGGGAUACCCCACCUCUGACGAUGCUACUAUGAAAAGUGUCACAGUAGGAGUUCCUUCUGCCAACCGCGUUGAGUUUGUCCCCAAGUCCGGCUCGUACUUUUACACGCAAUUUCCCUGUGUCAACGCGAAGAACAAGUACACUGGUAUUUCGCUUCGCAUCAAGGCCCCCAGGGGAGCUUCUCUCUCCAUCCAGCUCGAUUCGUCUGACAGCUGCGACCCGAACAAGGCCAAGUCUACUUAUGCGUCUGCUGCUGACCUCGGCUGGUCUUUUGAUGGAACCGAGAAGCUGUACACCAUUCCUUUCAGCAAGUUUUCCGGCCUCAACACCGAGAAGCUCGUCACGAUCCUCUUCUCUGGCUUCUCUGGAACCACUUCCUUCGGACCCAUGGCAUUCUACUGCGGUAACUCUGGUGAGUACAUUGCGACACCCCCGCCUGCCGACGGCGGCCCCACCGCUACCGUUCCUGCGCCCAGCAACCCUUCGGCUACCAACCUCGUAAUCGACAAAUUCGCCAAUGCAAACAGCAACACCAUGGGCAACUACCAUGGUGGUGACGAAGGCAUGUCUCUCAAGUAUGCAAACAACAAGCUCACCAUCACCUCUUCCGAUGCCGACUUCGCUUUCUACACGCAGGUUUCGCAGGGCUGCUCCGACUUCACAAAGUACAAGGGAUCUUACCUUCACAUUGCCUACACUGGUACUACUGCUUUCACUGUUGCCUUCCAACAACACAACAGCAAGUGUGACAGCAGCAUUGCCCCCUUCCCCGAGACCUGGGACUCUGCCGAGGCCAGUCGUUACGCCAAGAACGGACACAUUUACAUUCCCAUCAGCCAUUUCAAAAUCAACCUUAGCCGCGUGGUAGGUUUCGCGCUCAAGGGUUUCCACAGCAAGGAGUCCGUCACCCUUUCCGUCAUUGAGAUUGUAUCUUCCGUUCCCGCCGGAACCACUAUCCCUAACAAGGAUGAAACUGGUGACCUAGUCUUCGCCUGCAAGCGCCCCAACUCCUUCGCCUUCGCCAUCGACGACGGUCAGCCCGACCUCGCGCAGCAGGUGCUCAAGAUCAUCCGUGAGGAAAACAUCAAAGUUACCUUCUUCACAGUCGGCGCACCCCUCCUCGACGCCUCGACCAACCUGACCAACGUAUACAAGGAGAUGCAGUCCGCCGGCCACCAGCUCGCCCUCCACUCCUUCACUCACCCCAAGAUGGAAGGUCUACCGGACUACGCAUCCAUAGACUGGGAGUACAACGAAGACGUCAAGGCCAUGAAGAGCCAAUUCAACGGCUACACGUCCAAGUACUUCCGUCCGCCCUUCGGCACCGAAGGCGCGCGCAUGCGCUCGCGUCUGACAAAAGCUGUUGGCAACUCGGCCAACAUUGUCAACUGGAGCGUUGACGUCGAAGACUGGUUGUGGGCUGAGACAAACACUCCCGAGCAGCAGAAAGUUGCUUUCCAACGCGAUGUUAACAAGGGCGGUAAUCUCGUUGUGCUGCAUUAUUUGUAUCCGAGUACGGUUAGCUAUCUGAGGGAGUUUAUUCAGAUCGCCAAGGCGACGGGGAAGCAGCUUAUGCGUGUGGAUCAGUGUAUGAUGGAUCCGAAUGCGCCGCCGCUGUAGAUGGUGGGGUUGUUUGGUGAGGUUGGUGCGGAUUAUUAGGUAGAGAAAAGGCAAAUUUUGUUGUGCAUACGUAUGUACGUUCUAUGAUUCAUGGAUUCUUUUCAGAG